CGACGACAGCGCCUUCAUGGAGCCCAGGUACCACGUCCGUGGAGAAGAUCUGGACAAGCUCCACAGAGCUGCCUGGUGGGGUAAAGUCCCCAGAAAGGAUCUCAUCGUCAUGCUCAGGGACACUGACGUGAACAAGACGGACAAGCAAAAGAGGACUGCUCUACAUCUGGCCUCUGCCAAUGGGAAUUCAGAAAUAGUAAAACUCCUGCUGGACAGAGGAUGUCAACUUAACGUCCUUGACAACAAGAAGAGGACAGCUCUGAUCAAGGCUGUACAAUGCCAAGAAGAUGAAUGUGCAUUAAUGUUGCUGGAACAUGGCACUGCUCCAAAUAUUCCAGAUGAGUAUGGAAAUACUGCUCUACACUAUGCUAUCGACAAUGAAGAUAAAUUAAUGGCGAAAGCACUGCUCUUAUACGGUGCUGAUAUUGAAUCAAAAAACAAGGUAUAGAUCUACCAAUUUCAUCUUCAAAAUACUGAAAUGCAUUCAUUUUAACAUUGACCUGGGUAAGGGCCAGUUUUCCAUAUUUGGAAGCUCAAGCAUAACCUGAAUGAAAAUAUUUUGAAAUGAGUUAAUUAUCUAAGACUUUAUUUUAAAUAUUGUUACUUUUAAAGAAUCA